AUGAAGGAGGCAGGAGAUUUCUAUCCCUGCCUCAUCAUAAACGUAGUAGUCAAUUUCUUCUUAUGUUACACAACAAUCAUGUUGAACAUUGCCUUAAUAUUCGCCCUUCGAAGGUCUUCAUCACUGCCAAAGACUCUAAAAGUAUUGAUCCAUAGCUUGACUGUUUCUGAUCUUGGUAUUGGAUUAGUUGCCCAGCCUUUGCACAUCGCUCACAUGCUUAUGCAAAUACAACAAACUGACGACAAGGCAACUUCUAAAGACAUAGAUAGAGCUCUGCGUCUCAUAGGACGCACCCUUGAUUAUGCUUCAUUCUUUGGUGUCACAGCUAUCAGCGUUGACAGAUUCGUGGCUAUCCACCUUCACCUCAAACACCAGGAACUUCUCACCUACCAAGAAAUUGUGACUUACAAGCGUGUUGUAGCUGCAGUAAUCUUAAGCUGGAUUCUCAGUGCUUUCCUAGCCCUAACCGAUGUUUUGAGCAGCAAAAAUGUUAGUGACCUUGUAGGGAUGACUGUGGGCUUUGUUUGUCUCCUUACUAUGGCUCUAAUCUAUUUCAACAUUUCCACAGUUGUACGUCGCCACAACGUUCGAGUUAAUGCACAGCCAGCCCAAGCAGUGGCACAAAACGAAGAAAGUCACUCAAAUUUCGAAAGACUGAGAAAAACAGCAGUUGGUACAUUUUAUGUAUAUCUGUUGAUUUUGGCCUGUUAUUUGCCAAUGACUAUUGUGAUCCUGACCGAACGACAGAAGAAUAAGAUAAAACAUUUGUUGAUUUACGCGCGGACGCUGUUAUAUUUGAGUUCAUCCCUCGUUCCUCUGGUUUACUGCUGGAAGUUUAGACACAUCCGAUGCGCUAUCAAGAAUAUUCUGCGCGACAUAUUCGCAAGUCAGAAUCAGAUUUAGCAAGGCUAAACUGUAUGUCUAUCUGUUGUUUUUGGCCUGCCAUUUGUUAUUGUGAUCCUGGUCGGACAGAUGAAUAAGAUGAAUUUCAAAGAACAUUUCUUAAUUUACGCUCAGACGCUGUUAUAUUUGAGUUCAUCCCUCGUUCCUCUGGUUUACUGCUGGAAGUUUAGACACAUCCGAUGCGCCAUCAAGAACAUUCUAGGCAACAUAUUCGCAAGUCAGAAUCAGAUUCAAGAAGGUUAAAUUUUGCUAACUUAAUUCAGCCUUUGAAAAAUGACAUGACCUUUCUAGUCUGUAUACGCAUCGUGCAGGAAGUUAUAACGGUUUUCCUGUGUUAUAUUUAAACGAUAGACCUAAACAUUUGUUUGUUUCCCGAUUUAUUCGUUCUUGAUGGCCUUAUUCGUCCUUUAUUACAAAUAAAAACGCCGAACGUAAUGUAACUUUUGCUAUUAGUCUUGUGUUAUAAAUUGCUUUUUUAUUUGGGUGACCAAAAAAUUGCGGAAGUUAGAACUUUAAUCUAAAAACAAUAGUAUGCAGAUAGCCUCGUACACCUGUAGCCUAUAAAUUGAAAAUUCUUAGUUUUCUAUAAUUAUCAUUUUUGAAUGACAUACAUGUAUAACAGUCUGACUUAAGGUAGAAUUUUCUGGCAAAUCGAUUACGAAAAUAUUAAUUUUAAAUUAGGAAAGAAUGAUGCACGACUUGUUAUGUAAGUAUUAGUUUUAACUAACGCAGGAAAGAUCAUGAAGAGCGAUCAACGUCAUCAUCCUUAACCGUUUAAACCCUAGGAUCAAAAUUAAAAUUCUCCUUUGUCGCCCCUAUUCAUUUACUAUAGAAGUAGUGAGGAGAAGAUGAUGAAAUAUCAAGCAAUUAAAUGCAUUCUGUGUGAUGAUGUCCUAAAUUCUCAGUUAAAGGCCUCUGGAUAUCAGAUAAAACCCUAAAUGUUAUGUUUGAUACAGCUUCUUCUUGAAGAAAUUCAAAGCAAUAAAAGUCCGCAAAAUUUUCUCGUAGUUAAUUUUCUCCAACCUCCGUUAAGGUAAUGAUUUCCUUGUUUUUGUUUUCUUUUCUUGAAUUAUUAAUAAGCUUAGGAAUACUCAAUCAACCUCGUUCUCCUUCGACAGAGGAAGUCGAGUUUAAGGACUCUGGGAACGAGGUCGUUAGCCAGACCACUGCAAUAAUUCACACGUCACCCCAAGGGUUGGGGAAAUGAAACGAUGGGAAUCACCUGGAAGUUCAGUCACGAAUAAAUAUAUAUCCUUUGUUUUAUUGCCCCAAAACUCUGAGCCUGUAAAGACCACGAACACUUGCAUUUUCAAUGAAAGAGUUUUAUAAUUGACACAAGGAUCAAUUUCUUUUUCUUUUAGUGGUAAAAUACAAAGAAGUUUAAGUUAUUUUUGCUUUUAUCGAAGUGCAAAAAUUUAUAUUGUCUUGUGUUUGCUGUGAGAUUUAUAACACAUCAGUAGCAGUGCUAUUUCACAUCAUGAUAUGGCGCUGAAAAGACAAUUAAUUUUUUUUCACAAGGCAGACGAUUACAAAAUCAUUCAGUCAUUGGCUUGAAGGCAGAUAAAACAUUUUAGAAUGGUUAAUGAAGCCACGUAGAUUAGCUGCAACUAAAAUCGAAAAUAAAAAUCCAGCUUGAUAUAACCCCGCACCACAAGCAAUUUACGACUAGUUACGCCACAGGUUCCCCAAGCUCCGAAGUGAGAAUCGUCGUUGCGUAACAGAAAUCAGAAAUAUUAUAAGGGUUGGCUAGGGGAUUUUAGCGAUAGUUGGUCAGGGCACUAAAAUAAAAAAUAAAAAUACACCAAAACUUCUUACCUUGCCUGCUUGUUUUAUUCAUAGUAUGUUCCUAGCAUUUCUGGCCAUUUCAGCGCGAUUCUAGCGAGUUCUAGCUCUGCCGUUGUCCACCUGUUCUCUCUAUGCGAUGCUAAGACCAUACCAUGAAUAAAAAAGGGAAGCAAGGUAAGACGUUUUGAUGUAUUUUCAUUUCUAUUUUAGUGGCCUAAAUAACGAUCGCUAAAAUCCCCAUACAAACCCAUAUAAUAGUAGUUCUGUUACGUACGUAAAAACGAUUUUCUUUCGUGAGCUUGGGGUACCUGCGAUUAUUUGCUACUUCCUCAGUUUCCUAUUAACACUAAAAAAGCCUUUAAUAUUCAAAUUUAAACCCUCAUUUGGUACACCUGUACGUUUUCUCCAGAAGUGGUGGAAAGAAAGUAAUUAUGGUGCCUUACGUGGAGAAACUUGAAAUGCUCAGUCCAUCAUUAUGAUCAGCUCGGCUGGCCAUUAAAAAAAAAUAAACAGACAUCUCGUUAAUUGCCCAGCUCGGCAAGACGUUGAAUUGAACGCCCCCGCGCGGUGAGGCCCGUGUCCCUAACCAAUGCGUGUGUUGUUGAACACAGCCGGUGAUUAGCCUUAGAACAUUUUUUGGCUAGAAAGAAGAAUAACAAGCCGAAAAUAGUCGACCUCCAUGACUUUUGGAACUAUAAUCAAAGAAUGACGGAAUCUGGAGGUCUCUUUACAUCGCGCGCCGUGACCUGUAUCUUUAACGCCUUUUUGUCUUACACUGCCAUCAUGUUGAACAUUUUAACAAUUCUGGCGCUGAGAAAGACUUUUUCUUUGCCCAAGCCUUUAAAAACACUGCUUUUGAGUUUGGCCGUUUCUGAUCUUGGAAUCGGUUUGGUUGUCCAGCCUUUGCAUAUAUCACGUCUUGCCAUGGAGUUGCAAGCAGACACUGACGGCAACUCGUACCAUAAUAUUUGCAGCGCAAUACACAAAACAGCCGUUGUUUUCUUUUAUGCUUCUUUCCUUGGUGUUUCAGCCCUUACUGUGGACCGAUUCCUGGCGAUUCGUCUUCAUCUCCGAUACAAUGAACUUGUGACCCACAGGCGUAUCGUUGCUCUUGCGAUCCUGAUUUGGCUUUUCAGUGCUUUUACUUCGAUGGCUAGUGUCUGGAUUCCAAAAACUGUAAGAGUCGUCUUUGCUGUAGCUAUUGUUGCUCUUUGCUCCAUAGGUACAGUAUCUCUUUAUUACAAGAUUUGGUCAGUGGCGCGACGCCACAAAACUCUAAUCCAAACACUUCAAGCCGCACCCGGCAUCUCUCAACGUGGUAGAACAUCUGAUUCACAUUUCUCGAACUCUUCUUUGAAGGCUGCGCGAGUUUCAUUUUUGGUGAACCUAAUUUUUGUGGCUUGCUAUUUACCAAAUACCCUUGCAAUUGCUACGGCUGCAAAAGGAAGCAAUGAACAAUCCGGGGUGGUAGAACAUUUGUCUCUCUAUACUUUGACAUUGUUGUUUCUUAAUUCUUCCCUCAAUCCUCUGAUUUACUGUUGGAAGAUGAGACAUAUUCGAUACGCCAUCAAAAGUAUUCUUCGGGAAAUUUUGAAAUUAUUUAAUAACAAUAAUUAA